UCGGGGCAGACUACAGUAGUCGUUGUUUUUCCGUUCUCGUUCCGAAUGUGUAGUAAACUACACUACCCAUGAAGCCACGCGGCACAGAACCAUGGUUCCUCGCUGCACGCAGAGCAGACAGCAAAAUUAAGGUUUUCGGAACUCUGAGAAUGGCCCAAAGUUUACUCCUGAUUAUUUUACUUUCUGUGGGCGCUGAAUCUACUCCUAAGAGUUCAGCAGGCUUCGAGUCUCGCUCCCGCCACGAUGACAGUUGGUUCGUCUCCUUGUGGCACCAGAGACUCUACCUGUACUCUGCUGCCGCUGUGGCUUUCGCGUCUUGGUUCUUAUACAAGAAGAGUUUUCAAAGUAAAAUCUCCGGACUGGCAAUGGUGGAGAAGAAGCUGCGACCAGACACCAACUCAGACGUUCACUUGUCGGCUGUAAAAAUCUUCUUCGGCUCCCAAACAGGAACUGCAAAAAGCUUUGCUCACGAACUGUCCGACGAGGUGAACAGCCUUGGAAUCCCUGCUGAAGUGAUUGACUUGAAGGACUAUGAUCCAGAGGACAAUCUGGCUGAUGAGUGUGCGAGCAGGUCUGUGUGUGUGUUUCUGGUGGCCACCUACACUGACGGUGAGCCCACGGAGAACGCUGAGUGGUUCUGCAAAUGGCUGGAAGAGGCGUCCACGGACUUCAGGUACGGGAAGACCUACCUGAAGGGUCUCCGGUACGCCGUCUUUAGCCUGGGAAACUCCGUCUACGUGGGACACUACAACACGGUGGGUAAGAAUGUGGACAAGUGGCUGUGGAUGCUGAGUGGUGUGCGGAUUAUGAGCAGAGGAGAAGGCGACUGUAACGUCGUGAAGAGUCGUCACGGGAGCAUCCAGGCUGACUUCCAGGCCUGGAAGGAGAAGUUCUUGAUUCGCCUAAAGGAGCUCUCCACGGGAGAGAAGAAGAUGAGCAACGGAGCCUGUAAGAGCAGAAACUCCAAGGAGAGUCACAAGAACGCACAGAAGAACAAGGACCAGUGCUCUGAGGAUGAUCUGUUGGAGUCAAGCACUGAUGAGGAGUUGGGCUCUCAAGGCGAAGCAGAAUCUGGCUCUGUGGUCGACGUUGAGGAUCUGGGGAGCAUCAUGAGCAGUGUGAAAAAAGCCAAGCGUGAAGGUGAGGAGCGAGGAGACGGCGCCACGGUGAGACUGUCCAAGGUCAACGGGGUGAAGAGAAGCGACGGCGACAGAAGAGAGAUGAUCACGCCGGCCCUGAGAGAGUCACUCACCAAACAAGGUUACAAACUGAUCGGAAGUCACUCUGGAGUGAAACUGUGCCGCUGGACCAAGUCGAUGCUGCGAGGCAGGGGAGGGUGUUACAAGCACACCUUCUACGGGAUUGAAUCCCACCGCUGUAUGGAGACGACCCCAAGCCUGGCCUGCGCGAACAAGUGCGUCUUCUGCUGGAGACAUCACACCAACCCGGUUGGCACUGAGUGGCGCUGGAAGAUGGAUCCAGCUGAGAAGAUCCUGCAGGAGAGCCUGGAGAAGCACCAGAACAUGAUCCGACAAUUCAGAGGCGUCCCCGGAGUGAAGCCUGAGCGCUUUGAGGAAGGUUUGACCGUCAAGCACUGCGCCCUCUCGCUCGUGGGGGAGCCCAUCAUGUACCCCGAGAUCAACACCUUCCUUCGCCUGCUACACUCGCACCGCAUCUCCAGCUUCCUGGUCACAAACGCUCAGUUCCCUGAGGAAAUCAGGACUUUGGUUCCAGUCACUCAGCUGUACGUGAGUGUAGAUGCCAGCACUAAAGACAGCCUGAAGAAAAUCGACCGUCCGCUUUUCAAAGACUUCUGGCCACGAUUCCUGGACAGUCUGCGAGCCCUGGGAGAGAAGAGACAAAGAACAGUCUACAGACUGACCCUGGUCAAGUCCUGGAACGUGGAGGAGAUGUUGGCUUAUUCAGAGCUCAUUGCUCUUGGACAACCAGACUUCAUCGAGGUCAAGGGAGUGACGUACUGCGGGGAGAGCUCAGCCAGCAGCCUCACCAUGGCCAACGUGCCGUGGCACCAGGAAGUGGUCGCCUUCGUCCAGCAGCUGGCCGACAUGCUGCCUCAGUACGAGAUCGCCUGCGAGCACGAGCACUCCAACUGUCUGCUCAUCGCUCACACCAAGUUCAAGGUGGACGGUGAGUGGUGGACCUGGAUCGACUACGACCGGUUCCAGGACCUGGUCCAGACUGACCACGAGAGUUUCUCAGCGCUGGAUUACAUGGCUAAGACGCCCACCUGGGCUCUGUUCGGAGCCCGCGAGCAAGGCUUCGACCCGGCCGACACCCGCUUCCAGAGACGCAACAAAACCAAAGACGUGUCCGGCUGCUGAUCUGGCACCAAAAAUGGACUUGACUUUUUUUUUUACUUUUGUUUUUUUAAUUCUUGCUGUAGUUUUUUACCCAUAGGGCAAGUCAGAGCAUUGAGCCCUUGUUGUCAGCACUGACCAUUUUCAUCCGUCCAACACAGCUAGAAUUCCCUCUGAAAUCAUUUCAGCAGCUGUGAGUAAAACCUGAAGCUCAAGAAAUUACAAAAUGCCUCGGAGGGUUUGGUGGUCCGGUGUCAGCGCCGGUCCACUCUCUAAACACAGUCAGAUCAGCCGCCAAGAUUCAUUCUCAUCAAUGCUGUUUUUUGAUUUUGUCACUGUGUCACGAGUUCAUGGAGAGUGACGGAUGAGUGGGAAGCAAAUAAAUGAGCUUUUAUUAAA